AUGGACGAAACACAAAAAUACAACAUCGGUACUGGAAUUACCUACGCCGUCCGCCACCUUCGAACGAGUUUUAUAGCUUCAGGAUUUAUAUGGCCUAGUACCUGGAAGGCAGACGCGGGCGGUGAUGAGCACGAGAGGCGUAGAGCCGAUGUCGAGGCAAAGUUGAGGGCCAACAACUCGUACCUAAUCAUCGGCGCAGGGACUGUCAUCGCCGGCGAAGCACUUGGAUACAUCUACCGAACUGACAAUCUCAUGGACAAGCUGGUCCGCCCGGCUAAACAAAGUCACGGAAGCGGCUGGGGAGAAACACGAUCCCUUAUCACCAAGUUCCUUGACGACAUGGAGUCCGACCUCAGCCGAAUGAACCCGACCCUUGAUCAGGUUGUUCCAGCGAAGAGCGAUACGCCCUGGGUAUGGGAUGCCGGCCGAGAACUAUACUAUCGUUACGAUAGCAGAGACCGGAUGUUCAAGUAUCAUAACGACAUGUGGGUGAGAUUGGACGGAUCGCAAACCAGCUACGAACAGGAAGUGCAGUUGGCUCAAGCCUACAACGUAUCGGCUCAACCUUUACUGGGCUAUGAGAACAGCCUUCUCUCAGUCACAGCGUCGAUGCGCCAGAUUACCAUGGGUCAAGGAGAGGACGCAGCAUUGAAAUAA